AUGACUGAAAAUGGUAGAAGCAACACGGCUAGGCGCCCAGAAAGACCCGAUUAGUUACAGGAUGUCCGUUGUUUGAAGAAAUCCAUCCCGCCGUUCCCAUGAACAGCUCUUCCGUCUUUGUUUUUCCGAAUGAAACAAACUCCGCCGUGCUCGCCAAUAAGACUUGUUCGUGGAAGGUUUUCAUUCCGGACAAUCACUUUGCCAUUCUCUACGUAAACGCCACUCUUCCUUUCGGAUCCUCUAUCAUUGUCACUCAAUCACCGAAUCACACGGAAAAGUUCGACUUCAUCCAAAUCUCUGCUUCAUUUCUUUUUUUAGAUUCCUCGAUGUCCACGUGGAAGUGGCCCUCCUUUUCGUGGCUCCAAGUCUCGAUAUCAGCUGGUUCUCUGGCAAUUCUUCCGAAGGAAAACUCGAUUUCAACGUUCAAUGGCAAGAAUGUAAGAUGCUGAAAUAUGUAUACUUUUUCUUCACACUCUUGUAGAUCCGGAGAACAUGACAGUUAAGGAUUACACGCUCGAGAAGAACGGACGGUCGAUUGUUCUGGAGCACGAGGACACGUACAGUCCCGUCGUUUUCCGAGCUGCCACGAAGGUUUCGAUUUUCUGUCUGACUGAAAACCAAUCGGAUGAAGACUCCUACUUGCGAUCAAUCAUAGUCUUCGACGGCCCCGAUCUGCGCAGUCCUUAUCUCGGAAGGUUUGAUGACACUUGGUUCAUUAGCCUAUCAGAAUUUAUUCUCAUUUUCAGUCUGUACUCCCUUCGCCAAUCAAGAUCUCAGCUGGUUUCCAAUUUCUCAACUGCCACGAUCUUCUCGAUCGUUCCGAUUCCCACACAUCAUCAUGUUAUAGUUCAGGAUGCUUCAAGUGAGGAAUCUGAUUAUGAUCAGCCUAAUAUUUUUGUUUUUAGUGUACCAGAACAUAAGUCAAAUCACUGGAUUGUCGAUUCACGGUUCCGAUGUCGAGACCGUGAAUAUGGAGGCUCUGAGCGGGAAGUCCGUUGUAUUCACUCACAUUGACAACGUGCUUGUCGAUGAAUACUUGAUCUCUGUCGAAUUGGAGGACGGAGCAGAGCUGCAAGUAUACUUUGAAGGGCUCUCUGGCACACAAAAAGUGGCAGUGUACACGAACUCGAACAACAGAACGCAUCUGCCGCAGAAGCUGCAGGGAAGAGUCAGAUAUUACGUUUUGACGGCUGGAAACGCCACGUUGACGUUGACAAGAGACAAAUGGAAUGCCGAUUGGGAAAAGGCAUUUGCGGGACGGAGAGGCUUCUUCACUUCGAGAUACUGGAAACACGACGAGAGAGAACAGGGACUGCAGCAGGAUUCGUUCCAUUUCAUCGGAAAAGAGUCCAAGAAUGCUACCGCGUACACUUUUUCCUACCGUGUUCUCGAGACGGACUUAUCCGCUGAUAGCAGUCUUCACAUUGUCGUCUCCGAUAAUGCACAGAGAAUGCAUUAUUACGAUCAGUGAGUUUGUUCUUGAUUAGUGCACUGAUAAACUCCAAAGAAUUGUAGAAAUUAAAAGCAAGGGAACUAUUUUUUUCAGUCGAAGUGCAUACGAAAAAGGCGACGGCGACAAGUGGAUCUCCCAUUCCGGCCAUUCCAUUUCUGUUGUUUACUCGUCGAAUUACGAGCGAUCUUCCGGGUUUUUGGCUGAAUUUCAGAUCAAUUGUGCAUUCCGCACGUUUUCGAUUGUCUUAAUUUUAUAUCUGAAUUAUUAUCAUUUCAUGUAUAUCUGGUAACGUUUCCAAGGAAUUCUUUGUUAAAACUCUCGACAAACUGAUUCGAACUGAAUAAAUCAGGGUUGAUAGAUGACAGUUAGAUUCAAUGGAAACCGAGAAAAAGUAUUUACACACAAUCUUGAUCAUUUGCACUUCCAUUUUUGACCCAAAGCGUCGCUAUCAAUACACAAGACACACGAAUGUUUUCCGUAUUUGCUUGAACAUUUUCAUGAACGUACGUAACGUUAUGCCAUGUUACACAUGAUAACUGAGUAAUAUUCAGAAGAACAGAGAAAACAUUUGAUACGUCUAUUGGAUAUGAGUUGCAAUGACGUCUCAAUCGUUAUCAAACCAUGACAAAAGAGUGAUUCACCGUCUCCCUUUUAAGUUGUCUCUCCGUCUUUCGCCGGCGUUACGGCUGCUCGGCUCAAAAUGUUUUACUUUUUUUCUCUCCUCUUCCUCUUCUUUCUGAUUGGGUGGUCCACUGCUGACAUUCCUGGUAAUCGGCCUUUCUCAUUCUCAAUCUAAUUCAAUAUAAUUCAGCCUGUAAUAACGGUGCUUCACAGUUCGAUCCCCCCGCGAACACGUCGGAAUACACGUGGUAUCCGAACAACUUCACUGGUUCCCUUCCUCCGUUAUUCCCCAAUAAUUUCAAUUGUAUUUAUCAUGUGAGAAACAUUCAAGAUUCGGAAAUUUUCAACUUUUGCUUCAGAUUAAUGUACCACAAGGAUGGAGUGCCACAGUAAUCUUGACGGUCAAUAUGACGAUUCCGCCGGACCGAGCCGUCUCAGUUUCCGUAUACGAUCAGACCAACCAGAGAGAAGUGUGAGUGCUCUCUUUUCCGGUUUCAGCACUCAAGUAUUCUAUUUUUUCAGAGUGUACAUCACAACAGACGAGCACUUCUUUUUCAUUGCCAAUGGAGGAAAGAUUCAAUUGAACUCUCGAGAUGCAAAUGUUCAGUUCGGAUUCGUAGUGAAAUGGUGGCAGAGUAGGUCACAAUAGGUUGCCUCUGAACAUUCUCAUAUUUUCCAGAUCUCCUUUUCGACCCAUUCCAUAAAAAUGUAACCAUAAACGCCCCACAACCGACAACCUACUGGGCAUUCUCCACUUCUCCGUAUCAAAUCAAAGCCGAAACGAGAGUUUCGCUCGUGGUGACGCCUCCAAUCGACGACAACAUGCUCCAAUACCUUCGGAGUAUCAUCAUUUACGACGGUGCCGAUUGGAAUUCCACGUGUCUCGGAACGGCUCUUCAGGUUUACAACAGCAACAAACAGAUUGUUUCGAGCGGGCAGUACAUGACUGUACAGCAACUGAGACCGUACUAUUCCACUGGCAGAACGAUGCUGAUCUUCCAAGACUACGAUAACACGAAGGACAUUGUGCAGUACCAGGGAGUCGUAUGUGCGAAUCCAAUCUAUUGUGGACAGGUUACGAUGGACGGAUCCCAGGGAAUCGCCGCAGUCAGUACUGUCUUCGAGUACUCCCUAAGUGGAGCAGAGUACAUAACAGGACUAUCUGGAAGUGGAAUCCUUGACGUUUACAUUGGGGGCAAGACGAAGAGCAAAGCCAAUCUGAUUGCAUCCUACGAGUGAGUUUUAGUUUUCUAUUCCAGAAUCAAACUGUCAGUUCAGUGUGAACAACAGUGCGUUGGUUCUUCCUCAAGAGUUCCUCGGAUACGUGCGGACGUAUGUGCUGACUGGCCAGUCUGCAUCUAUCAAUUUGACCCAAAACUCGCAGGACUUUUUGAACAGCGGAGCAGUCGGCCGAAAAGGAUUCAUUGCGUCUCGAUCCUACAAGACCGGACAAUCCACGUAUCUCCAAGACACAUUCGACUACAUUCGCGCUCCAUACCAACAAAACGCCGUAGUAUUCAACUACAAGUUCACAAUCCGAGCUGCCGAUUUUGUAAAUAACGCUACGCUGAGCGUUGUGGUGACCAAGAACGGAAAGGAUACUUACAGACAACUGUACGUCUUCCCAAACCAGUUAGUUAAAUAUGCUCAAAGAUUCAGAUUCAACUCGACGAAUGCUCCCAGUCUGAACAACGAAGUGAGUGCUCUCGGAGACGAUUUUACAGUUACUUACAAGGCGUACGGAUACCCGACGACCGGGUUUUAUCUGGAUUUCGAGCUCCUCAAAUCUUCCUCUCAUUACGGUCUUUUCGUUGUGCUCGUGAUUUCGUGUGUUCUAAACUUUGUAUGA